AUGACGACUGAAACAGAGAGUAUCUUGCAAGUUGCGCAACAAGCGCGUCAGGCAGCACUUGUUUGUCAGACGCUUUCCAGCCAGCAGAAGGAUAGAACGCUGCUUGCUGUUCGUGAGGCGCUCGCAGAGCAACGGGCCGAGAUCCUCGCCGCGAACCAAAGCGAUUUGCGUCAGGCUGAGGCACUUUGCGAACAAGGCAAACUCGAUAAAGUAUUACUGAAACGCCUCGAUCUUUCUGGGUCUGGAAAGUUUGAUACGCUGCUGGCGGGAAUCGACCAGCUGCGCACGCUUCCGGACCCUGUCGGACGCGUCACGUUGGCGACAGAGCUUGCAGCGGACGGCCUCGAACUGUACCGAGUCACGUGCCCAAUUGGCGUGAUUUGCGUGAUAUUUGAGUCGCGCCCGGACGCGCUCGUGCAGAUCGGCACGCUGGGUCUCAAGUCUGCGAAUGCGGUGGUGCUGAAAGGCGGGCGUGAGGCCACCGCCACGAACCAGGCACUUACAGCGGCCAUGCGCCUAGGCGUUGAACGCACGCUCGGUGCCCGGUACGCGAACGCUUUGCAGCUGGUCACGACCCGAGCGGAGAUCGCUGAGCUCCUGAAACUGGACCAGUACCUGGACCUUGUGGUUCCGCGGGGCAGCCAAUCGCUCGUUCGGUACAUCAAAGCAAAUACAACGGUGCCUGUACUUGGUCACGCGGACGGCCUCUGUGCCUGCUACAUCGACAAGGAUGCCGACCCCGACAAGGCGGUGCGCAUCGUCGUCGACUCGAAGACGCAGUACCCGGCAGCGUGCAACGCGCUCGAGACGCUGAUCUGUCACCGGUUGGCAAUGGAACGCGGGGUUCUGGAGCAGGUUGCACAGGCACUUUGGAAGCAAAAUGUGGAAAUUCGGGCCGAUGAGGACGCUUUUGCGCAUCUCCAAAAGGUUCUGGUUUCAACGCGGAACCAGGAUACCAAGCAGAAGCUCCUGCGCAGAGCAACCGCCGAGGACUGGGAUACCGAGUUUCUGGACUACAUUCUGGCGGUCAAGAUUGUGGAAUCGAUGGACGAGGCGAUUUCGCAUAUCAAUGAGCACGGCUCACAUCAUACCGAUUGUAUCAUUACCGAGGAUGUGAACACAGCGGAGUGUUUUCUCGCCGCUGUCGAUGCCGCUGGCGUAUACCACAACGCCUCGACGCGUUUCGCCGACGGUUUUCGGUACGGUUUCGGUAGUGAAGUGGGUAUCAGCACAAACCGCAUUCACGCGCGAGGUCCAGUUGGUCUCGAGGGUCUGGUCACCUACAAAUAUCGUCUCUACGGUGCGGGGCAUACUGUGGCAGAGUUUGCAGCCGGUUCGCGCCAGUUCACACAUCGUGCGAUCCCGGCACGCUGGCGGCCGGAAUGGUUUGCGCUCAACCAACAACAACAACAACAACAACUGCAGCAGCAGCAGCAGCAGCAGCAUGCCUCCGCAUCGGAUGGCAAGUCAUAA